GGGGAUGUUGCUGGACGUGUGUUUUGGGACAUGUUAGCUGUAUUUCAGAGUAAGUGAGGUGUUGUGUGUUUAGUGUAAAGCCCGAGGCACUGAAGAGACUCCUCUGAGACUGAAGCAUCGCUGUGGAGACUCACUCCUGAGACUCAUUAUCUCCAUCAUCAUCACAAACACAGGAGCACAUCUCAUCUUCAGCUCGUCUCGCACCGCUGCUGGAUGAUGGCUGUGGAUUUCAGUGGACGCUGGAAGCUGUAUGAGCAGGAGAACGCAGAGCACUUUCUCAGAGCUGUCUCCGCUCCAGAGAUUUACAUUAAAAUGAUGAAUGAAGUCAAACCUCUGACCACCAUUCAGCAAAACGGAGAUGAGUUCAUCAUCUGUGUGAAAACUCCUCUGAGAAGCAUCACGAACAGCUUCAGCAUCGGCACUGAGAGCGAGUUCAACACCAUGGACGGCCAGAAGAUCAAGGCUACAGCUCGACUCAUGGAUGGGAAGAUUGUGAUUGAGUCGGAGAAAUUCACACACGUGAGAGAGAUUGAGGGCGAGGAGAUGAUCGAGACGUUCUCUGCCGGAAGCGCGACUCUCGUCCGGAGGAGCAGACGCCUUUAAUGAACGACUUUAACUCUAUACUCUUUAACCUUUUACAAUAAACUACUGAGUAAAUAUUUUUAGAAACCUUGUGAUAAAAGUAGGCUAACAUUUAACUUCAUUG